CGGUUGCUCAACCUAACUACAAGUACAUCUUUUGCAACUUCAUCUUCUCCCAUUAUUCAUGUGAAAGUCGUAAAAGCCAAAAAUAAGAACUACUCUCACCCACAGCGGCGCACUCUCUCUCUCUCUCAAAUAUCCUUCAGCAUUGGGCAAAACAACACACUAAAAGAUGCUCAAGAGACAAGAGAGUUCACUCUCAGCGUCUCGCCGCCAAGCCGCCGCCGCCGGCACCACCCCUCCGCCGCCGGAGACUCACCAUGCAAAAGCCAUCGGCUGCAUGUCAGGCAUCAUUCACCUAUUCUCCAAGUAUCAAAAUUCCAACAGACGCCUCACAUUUGGUAAAAAGCAAGAGAAAAGGAAACCGCCGCAGUCACCAACUAGAUCGGCCAUUAAUGGCGCGAAAAAUUCAGCCCGAGACGAGAAUUCCACGAAGAAGCAGGCGGCCUCCGACGCCGCCAGCCGGCUAACGUGCGCUGUUAAAGUGCUGAGGAGCCCCACGCUUCCGCCGGAGAUCCGGCGAUCAAGCGCCACGGGAUCGCCGGAGAAUUCUCGGACUCCGCCUUCCUCGCUGGUGGCGAGGCUCAUGGGGCUGGAGGAUCUCGGCGCCGCCUCGAAGCGGCUGGGCUUGGGGACGGAGGAUGCUAUUACGGAGAAGCGGCAGCGGCUGAUGCAAGCUCUGGAGAAAUGUAACGAGGAUUUGGAGGCGCUGAAGAGGAUCAUCAAGGCGGUGCAGACGGCGGAUGUGCGCCUUCAGCCGCCGCGUGGUGAUUCUGUGGCGGCGCAGCCGUGCAUGAAAAUGUGUACGGAAUCGGCGGAGGAGAAGCCGAAUAUAUCGGCGGAUGAGUCAAGUCCUUCGCCCGUCAGCAGCCACUGCCUAGAGCAAAAUUCUACGGCAGGUGGAGAAGUGCGCGUUCGGAAGCCGACAGCCACAAAGAAACCCGGAGAGGAUGACGAAGCCAUAGCCAUACUCACCAAAUCCACAAUCAUGGAAUCAUCACUGGAGAUGCGGCGGCGGGCAGCGCCGUGGAGCAGCAGGGCCAUGGUUGAGAGCGUAGAAGAAGUGUGCAGUGACAUUGCAUGGGGUGAAAAGAGGGAAAUUGGGAGAAUAGGCCUACUGCUGCAAGAUCAUGUGUGCAGAGACUUGAUUGAAGAGCUUGUCAAAGACUUGAAAUCUUGCUCCAUUAUUCAACCACUUCCUCUUGAGGCCUGCAAAAGGAGGCUUUGUUUUUGAAAUGUGUUUUGCAUGUGAAUACAAUUUCCAGAUUUUAAUGUUGAUGAGAAAAUUGUCGAUUUUUUUUUAAGUUUACUUAUAUUAAGGGAUAAUUGGAUGUAAACUAUGUCACUCAAAUAUCGAUUUUUUAGUAAUGGGAUUGGGAGGCAGGGGGAGUGUUCGAUUCAA